AAUAUUGGAGAAGUUUAUCGACAUCAAGGCGAUUAUGCAAACGCAUUGAAAUCUCAUCAGAAAGCUCUUGAAAUACGGAAAAUUUCGUUUCCACCAAACCACCCUGAUCUUGCAAACUCUUACGAAAAUAUUGGAGAAGUUUAUCGUCAUCAAGGCGAUUAUGCUAAUGCGCUGAAUUCUCAUCAGAAAGCUCUUGAAAUACGGAAAAUCUCACUUCCACCAAACCACCCUGAUCUGGCUGUAUGCUACAGUUAUAUUGCACUGGUUCAUAGCAAUCAACGUGAGUAUGCUAAUACACUGAAAUCUCAUCAGAAAGCUCUUGAAAUUGCCUUAAAUUCAGUUUAG